AUGAAGCUCGUCGUGUUCACUCCCGCUUGCCUUCUAGUUGGUCUCCUCGGGCAGCCUGAGGAGACCGCUGCUCUUCGCAGCAAAGCACUUGCGCCCGAGAAGAUUUCGAGAGUUGAUUGUAGCGUUGUGGCGGAGCAGCCGGUGUCGCAGCUGCAAGUUGGUGAUGAGUGGUCCGACCCGCACUUCACAUCUCGCGCAUGCCUCUACAUCGACGUCGGCUCCGAAACUCCCCAUUUCAAGGAAGAGACACGAGCUGACCUGGAAUCAUGCCGAUUGUGGUGCAACCAAUACAGGCACUGCUCUCACUUCACAUAUGGGGCGAGAGAGCAAAGGUGCUACCUCAAGAGUGGUGCCAUGAAAAGACGUGGCGCGCGAGGCGAUAUCACAGGGCCCAGGAUUUGCGACAUAAGUACAGUCACACUCUAUGGGGUUGAAUCCACUGUUCCAAGUAUUGAGGAAACACAGACGACUGCCGCCUCGCAGUGCCGCGAAAAGUGCGCAAAGAAUGCAAAAUGCUCGCAUUACACAUGGAACUCUGGAAACAGGAGGUGCUAUUUGAAGAGUGGCCGGAUGAGCCCGCGCCGAAGUCAGGGCGGCGAGACAAGCUCACCUUGCGAGUGGUACGACGUUGGCUCCGAAAGCGAGGGUGUCAGCUUCCACUGCGCCGACAAGACUGAGUGUCUCAUUCAGUGCCAAGGAACAAACUGGUGCACGCACGCGACGUACAACGCCCCUGAGCAGAUGUGUCACCUCAAGAAGGGCACGCCGAAGAACCGCGCAUACAAAGACGAUGUCACCAUGAUGAAGACAUGCGCACAGGGGCAGUUCAACGCAUAG